UGUCAUUAUUCAUCAAAUCAAAAUAUUUGAGGUUAUAUUUUGGUGCUUUGUUCGCUCGAUUCCGAUUUACAUUAAAAUUAAAUAAAGAAAUAAAAGCAUUCUAAUUUCCCAGAACAAGCAAGAUAAUUUAUAACUGUAUUUGUAAAUACUAUGUAUACCUUAAUUUAUUCAAAUUUAAAUAAAAUCUGAAUAUUAGUUAUUUUAGUUUUUAAGUUUUAUUUCCAUCGUGCAAUAAAUUAAGUUUAGGUGUCACAUAAUAUCUUUAGUCCAGACAAUGCCUGUACCGUGCAGAAGGGGCUGCGGUAAAAAUGCUGUCUUAAAGAGACCAAAAACAGGAGAUGCUCUAUGCAAAGAAUGCUUUUUCUGGGCUUUCGAAACAGAGAUACACUACACAAUUACUAAGGCAGAACUAUUUAACAAAGGAGAUUCAGUUGCAAUUGGUGCCUCUGGUGGAAAGGACUCUACAGUACUAGCUUAUGUACUGAAGACUUUGAAUCAAAGAUACAACUAUGGGUUGAACCUAAUGUUGCUGUCCAUAGAUGAAGGUAUCACAGGGUACAGAGAUGACAGCCUUGAAACUGUGAAACAGAAUCGAGAUGACUAUGAAAUGCCUUUAAAAAUAUUGUCGUACAAAGAUUUGUAUGGGUGGACCAUGGAUGAGAUUGUGGCACAAAUUGGGAGGAAGAACAACUGUACCUUCUGUGGAGUGUUUAGAAGACAGGCUUUGGAUAGAGGAGCAGCUAUGCUUGGUGUGAAAUGCAUAGCAACAGGACAUAAUGCUGAUGACAUAGCUGAGACGGUGCUGAUGAAUGUACUGAGAGGGGACAUAGCCAGGUUGAAGAGAUGCACAGCCAUUAGCACUGGCAGUGAAGGCUCAAUACCAAGAGUAAAGCCACUUAAAUACACAUAUGAGAAGGAGAUAGUGAUGUAUGCACACUACAAGAAGCUGGUCUACUUCUCUACAGAGUGUGUGUUUGCCCCCAAUGCUUACAGAGGGCAUGCACGGGCUCUCCUCAAGGAUAUGGAGAAGAUUAGACCUGCCUGUAUUAUGGAUAUUAUUUAUUCAGGUGAAACCAUGUCAGUAAAGGAACAAGUCUCCCUGCCCACUCAGAGGACAUGCACUCGCUGCAACUUUGUGUCAUCACAAGAAGUCUGUAAGGCAUGUGUCCUCCUUGAAGGGCUCAACAAAGGACUACCCAAACUUGGAAUAGGAAAGAGUUCCAAAGCAAAGAGAAUGCUUGAGGAGUACAAUGCAAAGCAGGCAGGAAAUGAAGGAGCACUACAAGAUGCCAUAAAAGAUUUAAAUGACACAAACAGUAUAGGAGCCAGAAAUCAAAGAAUCAGUAGCAAAAAGAAAAAUGCAAACAAAGAAAAUAAUGAUUCAUGUAAUAAGAAUGAUUGUUGUGGGGGAGGCUGUAAAAGUAAUGCUAGUAAUGUUGAUCCAGUAGCAAGCAACAAGAAACUCAAUAUGCUACUUGAACAGUUUGGACUGGAUGAGAAGGAAAGUGUGAAGAAAAAACCAAGUCCAGAAAAUGGAGUAUCAGAUGCAAAUGUUGAACAUUCUGAUGAAGACACUCCAUUCAAUGGUCAGGAGGAAGACGACACAUGUUCUGCAAGUUGUGGGGGAUCACAUAUAGCUUUCUGACAUCAAUAAAAAUCAUGAAUACUUA